AUGAGUACCCAUAGCAUUGUUCGCCCCGGCUUAACCACCGCCAUCAUCGGUCACCUGCCAGCAAUCAAACUUCGUCUUCGUAAGAAAGUACCGCAGCUUACCUUCCAGGAUGUGCGUCGCUCGCGGAUUCCAUUUUACGAAGCGCUGGCCAGUGAAUUGUACGAGUCCGGGUGCGUCAACGCUGCCUUUCUGUUGCUGCAGCUAAUCGAGUACGAGCAUGACCGAGUUCCACCAACAUCGGAUCAAAGUAUUGAGAAGAAACGGCUUAAGAACUCGAAAAAGUUGCUCAACAAUCUGUUCACUUCCCUACAAGAAACCGAAAACUAUAAAAUCAAAAAGCAGUAUGAAAACGAGGUGGAAAAUCUACUGGCUAUUGGUCGAUCAUUUCAGGAAGACAAGCACAAACGCUGGCUUGCUCGGCAGUUUUUCCUAAUAAGUUUGGACCGAUGUCAAGACUGUACCCUGGAAUCUACGCGGGUAGGAGCACUGGCUAAUUAUUAUUACGGAAUGUUUCUGCUUGAGGAAGGGAAUCUGCAGGAUGCUGCUAGUGUACUGGAAUCAGCCAAAAGUCAAGCAGUCCGUCAAACCUGGCCGUUAGAUCAUGGCAUCGGAGCUACACUACUGGCGAACGAAAUUCACCACCGAUUGUUUCUAGUUUAUUCGAAACUCGCUGAACAGUUUGGCGCUACCAACUCAGCGAAAUUUGAAUUUUACUCACGUUUGAGUCAUGCAGCUGCAAUUGACUCGAAUCUAGAACCAGUGUUGUGCGACUCGUACCUGCAGUACGGAGAUUUUCUACUCGAUCGGGGAGAAUAUCGAGAAGCACUGAAUUCCUAUAAACAAUCAUUGAAAAGAGCGAAAUUUAUUUUUGCCAAAGAUAAAGUCUGCAAGAUAAAUAAUCGAAUGGCUGCCAUAUACCGAAGAUUAGGUGAAACUAAAGAAUGCAUCCACCAUCUGCAGAUGAUAAACCGAUUAACAGUACACGAUAAAACAUCGGAGUGUUACGCUGAAAUGCAGCUUUUGAAUGGUGAAAUCCAUUUGGAGAAUGGUCAAUUGCAGGAAGCAGUUGACGCACUGGACAUGGCUCGGGUCGUUUAUGAACAACUAGGGAAAGACCUCAAAAUGAUUCAGGCUAGCUGCUUCGGAGCGCUGGCAGCAGGAGAAAAACACUUUGGACUGUUUGUUCAGUUGGUACGGGAUGUCGAAGCACGAGGAUUUAGUUCCGACAACGAUAGUCUUUUCAAACUGCUUCGUUGGAACGAAAAAAGUGCUCCUUUUUGGUGAACAGGUUCGAAUGCAAAUUUACUGGUGCGACUAUCGGACAGUGGAGAGACAAAAACAAUAAAAAUUAGAUUAGAUUCGAAUGGAAGGUA